AUUUUGCUAUAAAAUUCCGGGCGACCAUGUUUGAUUCGACUCCCUUUUACAUUCCAUCACUUUUACAUUUGUUCCUAUUUUCUAUUAGCGUCAGGGUUAGGGUCAGGUAUUUACCAUCGAAGAGCUUAUUUUCUUUUCACUUAUCUACUUGUUAUUUACUUUCUGUGGUUCCACAACAAUGAAAUAUUGAGACACAAAAAUUGUAGUCACAUCAAACAUGAUUGCCAAAUUCCAUAGGGGAUGGAAGACAAACAACCAGCGUCACAUGAUUUGCUGAUUUGCAUAUCAACAAAGACGUCUUUGCAGUAAAUACUACUGUGGUUUGAAAAAGAAUAUUUAAAGGCGCCAAGUCUCUAACUUUAUAUUUUCCAUAAUAUUUGAAAUUAAAAACACAAAUUAGAAUUCAAUAUUGAUUAAUUUCAAUCAAUAUUGAUGUUUUUAUAUUUGCCGUGAAACCAUAGGAUCCAAAUAUCAAAUAUUUAAGAUACAAUUAAUUAAAAUUUUAUAAUCAGUAUUCAGUACACAGAGUCGGGAGCUUGGUGGAUGACCGAAUGGUUAGUUCGUAUGUUGUAUCGUAGGAGCAGAACAGUUAAACCCCAUUUCAUUCUUUUCAUGUCUUUCCAGGGAAAUAUUGGGAACCUACUUGACCAACGCUAAUAAUGUUAUAAAUUUCAUAUAUUACAGGAAACUAAUGAUGUUAUAACUUUUAUAUAUGACAGGAAACUAAUGAUGUUAUAACUUUUAUAUAUUACAGGAUACUAAUGAUAUUAUAACUUUUAUAUAUUAUAAGAAACUAAUGAUGUUAUAACUUUUAUAUAUUACAGGGAACUAAUGAUGUUAAAACUUUUAUAUAUUACAGGAAACCACUGAUGUUAUAACUUUCAUAUAUUACAGGAAAUUAAUGUUGUACUUGUGAGGGAACUCGAAGAAGUGAAAUCUGUUUUAGAACAUGGUAAAAAAUGGGAGACAAGUUUCAAGAAGAACAGGGAAGGAAAACCAUAUCAAUGUGAUGUUUGUAAUAAAUCAUUUAUUACGAAUAGUCAUCUGAAGAGACACAUGAGAAUUCAUACAGACAAAAAACCUUAUAAAUGUGAUGUUUGUAGUAAAUCAUUUACUGAACGAGGUAGUCUAAGGAAACACAUGAGAAUUCAUACGGGUGAAAAACCCUAUAAAUGUGAUGUUUGUAGUAAAUCAUUCAUUAGUAGUAGUCACAUCAAGAGACACAUGAGAAUUCAUACAGGUGAAACACCUUAUAAAUGUGAUGUUUGUGGUAAAUCAUUCACCCAGGGUAGUAAUCUACAACAACACAUGAGAAUUCAUACCGGUGAAAAACCUUAUAAUUGUGAUGUUUGUAGUAAAUCAUUCACCUAUAGCCAACAUAUGAAGGAACACCUCAGAAUUCAUACUGGUGAAAAGACUCAUAAAUGUGAUGUUUGUAGUAAAUCAUUUAGCCAGAGUAGUACUCUACAAUCACACAUGAGAACUCAUUCCGGAAAAAAGCCUUAUAAAUGUGAUGUUUGUGGUAAAUCAUUUCUUAAUGAUGGUGGCCUACAAAACCACAAAAGAAUUCAUACUGAAGAAACACCUUAUAAAUGUGAUGUUUGUGAUAAAUCAUUCAAAAAGACGCAUCUUCUGCAGAUACACUCAAAAAUUCAUACUGGUGAAAAACCUUAUAAAUGUGAUGUUUGUAGUAAAUCAUUCAACACUAAAAGUAAUCUACAGCGACACUUGAGAAUUCAUGAUGGUGAAAAAGCCUUAUAAAUGUGAUGUUUGUAUGAAAUCAUUCACAGAGAAUCAUCACCUGCAGAAACAUUUGAGAAUUCACACUGUAAAAACUAAGACAAAAUCAAAAAGUUAGUAUUUGUCCUUUUAAAUGUGGUAUAAGUUAUUGUAGUAGUUUAUGGUACAAGAUUAUAUGAUACAUGUUGUAAACAUCUGUAGUUAAUAUGGUAGCAUACUGUAGACAUGUGAUACAAUGAUAUUUUUGUAUGCUAUAUUCAUCUGUAGUUAAAGUGAGAAUUUCAAAUUUUCUAAGAAAGUCAAAACAUAAUUAUUUCUGUCUUUUGCUCAAUAGGUUAUCAACUCACUAUUAUACGAUCAUGGGUAUUAUUUCCCACCAUUAAAAAUCUAUGACACAGGAAAUAACACAAUUACCUCCCCUGUUUUGCUAUUGACAACAUGGGGCAGCCAUUUUCCAACGUUGGAAUUUGAAGUUAAAAAUGAUAUUUUUGCCAAUUUCUCAGCUGGCAAUAGCAAAUUAUAGGAUUAAUAGGAUUAUUCUUUAACAAGGUAGGACUGUUUAUGGAUACCAUCUAUUUUAAGGCUUUAUUUUAAUACAUUUUAAAAAUAUAACUUGAAAAUUUGAAAUUGCAACUUUAAUAUGGUACAAGAUUAUUUGAUACAUGCUGUAGCCAUCUGUGUAGUAAUUCAGGCAAAUUACUGUAGUAAUUAUCCAAUAAAAACAUUGAGUGCGA